AUGUAUAUUUAUACCCAUGAACGCUAUGAUGACGUCAAUAAAGUGACGUAUUGCUGUACGAUGGAUAAAGAAAGCACGUUUUCACUUUCGCCAUUUUAAAAUGGUUGACAGAGAAAGAUUACACCAAUCUCUAAUUGAAGGGUAUGGACGAGCUAACGUAGAGUUGUCCAAAAAGACGGUUCAACUUGAAGUUGCUAAAGUUUGGAAGGAAAUGAAGAAGGAACCAGAGGAUCUCACACGGCACGUCUCUAGAAAGCUUCAAGAAUGGAAACAACUUGAAAUGAAACGCAGAGGACGUUUGUUUUCUUUUUGGUCAAAGGUUCCAAAAACAGACCUAGAAAAAUCGGGUGUGAAUGAUGAAUCUGAGAUGAAUGGAAACACUGCGAUCGUUGGAGAGGAAGAAAAGGACACCCAUCAGUCAGUAAAAGAAAGCCAAACCACUGUUCAUACAGCUCCGAAGCAAGAAAAACUUGAAGCUGCUAUAUCUAAAAUAAAUGAGGAUCUUAACAAUUUGUACAAGAAAAAACAUCAAGGAUUGCUCUCAAAGACAGAAUGUGAAGAACUGAAGAAAAAACAGACAGAACUGGAUAGAGUAAAAUUGGAUAUGAAAAAAUGUAUAAAAAACAAAGAAAGGCAACAGCGCUAUCGAGAUAAUUUCAAACGAAAGCUGGAGGACUUAGAUGAUGAAACUCGCAAACAUCUAAGAGGAACAACCAUUGGUCGGCCACCAAUUGUUGAAGAUGAGAAUCUUUUGCAUAAGGUGAUUGUAGAUAUUGCCAUAGGCGGUUCAGCGGCAGAUGACAGACGGCGUUCUGAAGUUAUCAGGACGGUCAGAACAUUGGAUGAUUUGACUGCCUCCUUGAAGAAACAAGGGAUCCAUUUAUCUAGAAGUGCAGUAUACCUUCGGCUUCUUCCUCGAAAUGCUACAACUCUAGAGGGUAAGAGACACUGUAAAACUGUGCCUGUCAAACUGAUUAGAGCACAGAACGAUGAACAUUCUCGCCACCAGGACAGGUAUUUUGCUCGAGCAUCCAUUUCCAAUUUGGAAGAGUUGGCAUCACUUCUAGGACCAGGUGAAGUCACUUUUCACUCACAGGACGACAAAGCGAGAGUUCCAAUAGGACUGACCGCCGCCAAUAAACAGGCACCUUUGAUCAUGCACAUGGAGUAUAAAAUCAAACUAAGUGAUCAUGAUUUUGUCAUUGCUGCUCAACAUAAGUUGGUACCAUCAGUGAUCGCAGCAAUAUCGAUUGGAAAAAACAGUUUUGAUAGUCCCGGUGUUACUUAUUCUGGGCCAACGUAUGUGGGAAUUCGAAGUGCUAAACAUUCCUCAUCAUCUGCGCUGCAUCACUUGCAUGAUAUGAAACGUAUUCUAUCCUUGCCUGAAUUCCGAGAAAGCAUGUAUUAUCAAGAUGGACUACCGAAACCCAUUAUGAUAAUAACUGUGGAUGGAGGCCCAGAUGAAAACCCUCGGUACACAAAAACCAUUCAGUGUGCAGUGGAUUACUUCUGUUCAUACAAAUUGGAUGCUUUAUUCAUCGCAACAAAUGCCCCCGGAAGGAGUGCGUUCAACCGUGUCGAGAGACGCAUGGCUCCGCUUAGCCAUGAUAUUGCAGGACUUGUACUGCCGCACGACCAUUUCGGAAGUCAUCUUAAUCCACAGGGUGAAACGGUGGAUAAUGAGAUGGAAAAACAAAACUUCGAACAUGCUGCAAACGUUCUAGCUGAAGUAUGGUCAAACACUGUAAUUGACGGGUACCCAACAGUAGCAGAAUACAUCCCUCCAAGUCAACCUGACGACCCUGUACGGGAAAGCCAGUACAUGCUGCAAAUUGUGAAAUGUCGUAACCACUCAUGUUGUGAGAAGCCAAGAAGUUCAUAUUUUGACAUUGUCAAGGAGCGCUUCCUGCCCCCUCCUAUGCCACUUUCGCAGACAGAAGAUGGCUUGAUGUGUUGCACUAAUGAUGUAACGGCACGGUUCCCAUCACUCUUUGUACAUUUAGUACUAGGGAAUUCAGUUCUUCCCACAAGAACAAAGAACAAGUUUGCUAAGGGACUACCAUACGACUUUGCAUGUCCAAGCUUACAGAGUGAACUACAAAAACGUAUUUGUGAUAGGUGUGGUCUAUAUCACGCCUCCAUCAAGUCGAUGACAUCCCAUUCCCGAAUGUGCCGAAAUAAAUAUCCGACUUUGAACCACGAAGCUCAAGCAGCCGUGCAUCGUAUCCGCCCUACACGUUUGGCUGCCAAGCGUCAGCGAGAACUGAUGUGCGUCAUACGAUAUAUGGAAAAUGAGGAAUUUGAAUGGCUUGAUGAGGACGACGUUGACAUCGAUGGAUUAGAAGUUCCAACCAAUAUAUCGGUUGUUAACGGCACACCUCUGCUUUCACCUGAAUCCCGAGAAUCACCUUGGGAAAACCAAAAUUAAAAUAUCUAGUGUAUUAAAGCAUUUCAGCCUGAUUUAAAAUUGUUUUUGGUUAACAUUUACUUCUUAAAAACCUACAUUAUAUAUUGUUGCCAUGGCAUAGCACGUUUAAGAGAAAACAAAAUGUUGU